AGAAACUGGCAAGAAAGCUUCUUUGUUGAUGCUCGACGGCGAGUGGAGUGAAGCGAAGCAUCUCAACGAUCAGCACCCAUUCCUUCGUUGAACCAACGGUCAAGAUUCUCCAAUCACUGGCACUUCUGAAGUUAAUUUGAAUUCAAUAUAGAAGAUGGAAAGGCAAGCACCUUUUGCGGGUCCGAAUAUCGAUCCAUAUGCUCUGGCUCAAAUGCAUCAGAUGGCCAUGCAGAGAAUGCAACAAAAUGGUCAGUGGCAAUGGGAUAAACAUGCACCAAGAGUAUCACAUCCAGUUUCAUCUCAGCCGUACAGUGAAGGUCAAGGAGGCAAUCCAGAACAAUCGCCUUAUGGGGGACAGAUGGCUGAUCCAAAAGUGGAUUCAGAUAAGCAAACAAACAAGGAACCUAGGCCUCAGGCCCAUGAGCAAGACAUGGAAAUUGGUUAUGAGGACAAACCUUCAACGCCGAGUUUUGAAGGUCUGGAGCAAAGGUUCCUUGAUGAAAUUAUGCAAUUGGCAAAGGAGCAGUGUGAUGCUGAGGAUGCAGAAAAUGCUAGGCACAGGGAGAGAAUAAUAGAGAUAAAUGCUCAGUACCAGGAGAAGCUAUCAUCACUUCGAGCCCAACAAGCCAAAAGAAGAGAAGAUUUUCUCCUCAAGGAGGCGCAGGCACGGUUACAUCAGUAUAAGCAAGCUGCUUUGAAUCACUAUCCGGCCAGUGCAAGUCCAAUUGACCGUCUUAGCUAUGGCCCGAAAAAUGUGAGCCCAAUUGAUUCCCGUGGCUAUGGCCCUACCAAUGCAAGCUCAAUUGAUCCGCGUGGUCCACUCGAUCCUCGUGGCUAUGGCCCAACCUCUGCAAGCCCGAUCGAUCCUCAUGGCUAUGGCCCGACCAAUGGAGGCCCAAUUGAUCCCCAUGUCCCAGUUGAUCCCCGUGGCUACGGCCCGACCAACACAGGCCCAAUCGAUCCUCGUGGUUAUGGUGGGGCUGCAGCCGCGGAAGCACACCGGGCUUAUGCCACUGGUCAAUUUGAGUCUUCUAGAGAGAGAAGACCAUUUGCUGGGGGUGGUAGAAAUCAAGUACCUGAGGCAAGGGUUCCAAUUCCUGAGGGACGCGUUUACAACAAUACGAGUGCCCGCAAUCACUGAAGCACUUGGUCAAAUCCAUAUGACUGGUUGCAACAAGACACCGACUUCAUUUCAUAAAUUUUGUUUGUAUGUGUAAUGGAGAAUUUUCUUUUCCGGUUCUAUCUAUGAAGCAUCACUAUGUUCUCUAUAAAUACCUUUGUUUCUCUUUGCCGAUGAGAAAUCUUUCUUCUUGUACCUUCCCCAUUUUCCCUGUAGGUGUAUGAAGCAUUUGCUCCCAUUACAAUUGAUAACAAUAUCGGAUGUAUUGUGCUUUGUUUUCUAUAUUAUAUCAACUUAUUUCA